AUGACCCAAGUAAUCAAUUAUGUAACCCAACAAAAUAUAUAUAUAAGUUUAUUUUGCACUAUUUCACUGAUUGUUCUCCAAGAAGUUGUUAGAAACAAACAAAACAUGAAGACUAAAGUUCUCUGUGCAGUUGCAAUAAUUGCAUUUUCUUGUGUUAUUUCAACAAUGAGCUAUCGUACGGCCGGAACUUCAACAUAUGAUUGCUUCCCAGGUUAUAUGAAAAUUGACUUCAACCGCCGGACUCCAUUGCACGAAGUAACACUUUCAACAAAUUCAUUCCAAACUCCAGGAUGUUCAAAAAAAUUCAUGCCCGGAGAGCCAGCGGUUAUGGAAAUAAAUUUUGAAAAAUGCACGGAAGGAGCUGAAAACUUUAAAUUAAAUGUCGGGGAAUACAAGCCCGAUUUAUUCCGGGUUAAGGAGUGCAAUAGAAAAUUCAGAACUGAUGAACCCACGAUAAUGGAAAUCAAUUUUGACAAGUGUACUCUGGGAGCUAAAAAUUUCUUUAUUAAUGUAGAUGAAUUUAAACCUGGAGAAGUUGAUUCUUUACUCUACAGUUUGCCAGUUUAUUGUGAAAAUUUAAUUCCGUUUAAUUAA